AUGGGGUAUUUACUGGUCGACAAUCUUCACAAGCAGACACCCGAGGAACCGUCACGAACGCAGGACUAUUACAGUUAUGUCACCUUCAUUCUUCUUUUCGCUCGGGGCGUUAUAAUCGGUGGAUUGCAGCGUUUCGGAACCGUUCAGUUGUUUUCGCUCAUGGCUUGUGAGGUCAUUCAACUGGGUUUCCUUGCUUGGGUUGGCGCGACAUCUGAGCUGCUUUCUAAACCAGUCUUGAUCGCUGGCGCGCGACUUUCAGUGCUUCUUCUCUGUUUGGGAAUGAUUCCUGAUUUGUGGACUCAUAUUGCUGCGAGUGCGCUUGGUUAUGUUUUGCUAGCAUUCCAUGCUCUGUUCUUGGUUGGCAUGUUUCUCGUCCCCUCAGCCUACGAGUCUACCCGUCUCGGCGUCACUUGUUACAAUGAAUGGCAGACUCCUCAACAAACUGCUGGCGACUCUUCGCUCGAGCGACCUCAGACGCCCAACGACAAGAACAGACUUGACGAGCCAAAGCAUCAUGAAUCACGACAGAAGCAGCAGCCUCUCAAGCUCAGCAAACUCCUCCUCCGACUCCGCCAACAGAUCCUCCCGUGGUUCAGAACCCGUAUCCCCCGAACUCCUUCGCACAUACUUCCGCUCUCCCCGCCCCGAGCGAUCCGUAUCAAGCCUCUCUGGCAGAAGUCAAUUCGACUCACCACGUGCAUCACGCUCUUCACCACGCCACCAACAAUUCCCAUCUUUUGA